UACCCUGCCCAUCUGGCUGGGUUUCCUCAGCCACUCUGUGCGGCUUCCAACAAAAUAUUAAAAUACAAUGGUCAGUUAAACAUUAAAAGGUUCCCUAAACUGGGCUGCCUUCAGAUGUCUUCUAAUUCUCCGCACAAUCUGGUGAAUUAUUAGCAAUAACUCAUCAAGAUCUCGUGCUUCAUAUAUCAGUAACAACAGCACUGCAUUCUCAUGUUUCAUUAAUUUGCAGUUAUUCACCUAAAAGUUGUUAUUUGCUCAAUAUUUUAAUCCUGUAAGGAGAUAAUAGAAAAAUUUACGAUGGGAUGGAAGGUUUGCAGGCUUCAUAUCUUAAUGACUGCUUUUUUUCUCCACAGAAUUUUGUUAUAUACUCAAAUAAUAGCAAUGCUAUUGUUAAUAAUCACAGCAAUGUUGUUAAUAGAUAUCUUAAUUAUGGUAAUAUUGUUGAUCGUAGAAUUGUAGGAUUGGACGGAACCACAAGCGUCAUCUAGGCCCACCCCCUGCAAUGCAAUAAUCUUUUGCCAAAUGUGGGGCUUGAACCCACGAUCCUGUGAUUAAGAGUCUCAUGCUGUACUGACGAGUACACUGCAAAGACAAUCAUGUCAUUGAGGGCAUGUGGCUUGAUUAUCUUCAGGAAGCUGCGUGACACAUCAUCUGCUUCUGCUGCUGGGAACAACAUUGAGUACCUUCUCCUGCAGACAUCCUAUGGGUCUCAUCACUGGACCCCCCCGAAAGGCCACGUUGAUCCUGGGGAAGAUGACUUGCAGACUGCCCUCCGGGAGACGCAGGAGGAGGCUGGGCUGGACUCCACUCAGUUCACCAUCCUUGAUGGGUUUAAAAAGGAGCUGAACUACACUGUGGACGGCAAAGCCAAAACUGUCAUCUACUGGCUGGCUGAAUUGAAGGACAACAACACAGAGGUCAAGCUCUCAUCGGAGCACCAGGCCUUUAGCUGGCUGACCCUCAAUGAGGCUUGCAGGCUUUCAGGGUUCAAGGAUAUGCAAGGUGCCUUUAGGGAGGCACACAGCUUUCUCUGCUCCAAAGGUUGAAUGCUCCAGGGGAUGCAGGAGUGGGUUUUUGGUUUUUUUUAGCUGAAAGUUUAACUGAUGAUUCCAUAAAAAUAAAAGAAAAUACUAGGGGGGGAAAUGCAAAAUUUUUAAAUAUGCACUUUAAUUAUGUCAAGCUACUUAAAGCAUGGAUGCUUCCACCCCACCCCAGAUUCUUAGAGAGGGAUGUUUAGCAUGAGCAGAAUUCAAAAACAGCCUCUAUUAAGUUUUAUGCUAAGCCUUUAUACUGGGCAUCGACAAUUGGCGAAACAGGGUCUGGAUGCAACCUACAGUUUGUGGUGCUCAGUGAUGUUCAUGGAGGAGAGGUUUAUCAAGAACUGUUAGCCACGCUAACUGAGUAGCAGGUUCAGAGGCAGGCAGCAAAUAGUAGAGAGAGACAUGUUUGUCAACGUUGUGGCUGCUUGUGAGCUUCCUAGAGACAUUUGUGUGUCAUUGUUGGAAACAGAAUGCUGGUCUAGAUGGACCUUUGGUCUGAUCCAGCAAGGCAGAUUCUUAUGCAUUUGUAUAGACUUGCAGCAGCAGGGACAAAUUAGGCACACAUGAGAAACCCACCCUCUGCCCUCACAGGCUGAAGUCCUGCAAGGGCCACAAGCAGCUUGCCCAUAUGUGAUAUAGUGUUCACGUGGGCAAAUCCUAACCAUUUUCCAGACCCUCAAAUCCUUGUCUUAAUGCCUUUGUGGGCUUCCAUUGUUGCCUUUGAGCCAGGGCUUGUAUUGUGGCUGGAGUCUCAUGUUAGGGCCAGGGUUCAAAUCCUCACUCAGGCAUAAAGCUUGCUGGGUGUGACGUUGGGCCACUCACUGCGUCUCAGCCUAACCUACCCCACAGGGAUGUGGUGAGGAUAAAAUGGGAAAGGAAAGAACCACAUAUGCCACCUUGGAACUCCUUGAAGGGAAGAAGGCAGGAUAUAAAAAUAAUAAAAUACGUGUCGGCAUGAACACGCUGCUACACCCCCUCCCCCCCUUCUGACAAAGCAUAGAAGCUCAAGAGCAUACUAACGCUCCUGUGUUUGGCACAUAGGUCCUCUCAGCACCAAUGCCGUACCAUUGCUACUGCAUACAGGUAGGUAGCCGUGUUGGUCUGGAUCGAAGUAAAAUAAAAAAAAUUCCUUCAGUAGCACCUUAAAGACCAACUAAGUUUUUAUUUUGGUAUGAGCUUUCGUGUGCAUGCACACUUCUUCAGAUGGUAUCUGAAGAAGUGUGCAUGCACACGAAAGCUCAUCCUAUAUAAUAAUGUCCAUGUUGUCCCUGCGUCCAGUUGUCCCGUGUGUCCCUGGGGUACUGCGCAUGUACCCCAGAGACACGGGGAUUGGACGGAGGGACAACGGCCAACCGCCGCUCCGCCAACCGCCGCUCCGAAGCCCAGUC